GCUGAUUUAUAUGAAUCUCCCAUUUCUUUAACAAUUUGCUGACAUUUUUUCCGUCAACGCUUCGCCGCCGUUCCGAUUCGUACAAAUCACCUAUAUUCAGGACCCUCCUGCCGGCCGAUCUAUCCGGCUUUGAGUCGCAAUCAUGGCUUCAUCCAAUGCCAAGGGAAAUGUGAUCAAUGAUGUUGAAGCAAAGGGAUUCAAUCCAGGGCUGAUAGUACUGCUGCUUGUUGGUGGGUUGCUGCUGAUUUUCCUUGUAGGGAACUAUGCACUUUACUUGUAUGCACAGAAGAAUCUCCCUCCCAAGAAGAAAAAGCCAGUAUCUAAAAAGAAGAUGAGGAAGGAAAGACUGAAGCAAGGAGUCUCUGCACCUGGAGAGUAAAGAAAAUUAUCUUCCCAAGGUUUCCUUCUCUGUAGAACGUUUUCAUUUUCAAAAUUUUCCUACAUAGACUGACCAGAGAAAGUUGUCACAGUUAUUUCUUUUUAUCUGCUGUCUUUAUUACCUCUUCAGAAAUCGAACUUGAUUAUGAUUUAUGAGUUCUUAUUUAACUCAUUACAUGGGCUCUCUUCUCAAGGUGCCAUUGACUCUUUUCUA